AUGAGCAGUGAGAUGAACAUUCUUAUUGAUGAACAGCACGUACUUUUCAGCCGCAUGGCCCGAGCGGUUGAGAAUUUGAAAAAGCAAGGUCAAUCUAACGUGACCUCGGGCAUAAUCGAGGCGAAAAUCAAGACUCUCGAUGCCGCUUGGUCAAAAUUUGAUGCUCAACACGAACUGCUCCGCUCAAAAUUCUCCGACAAGCUCAGCGCGACCGACUAUAUCAAGGAUGACUUGUACGAAACAACGGAAACGACUUACGUGUUGCAACGGGGAGCCUUGACGGACUGGUCGUGCGAUCUCCAACGAUCCGAACGAAGUUUCGAGCUAAUGCCAGAGACAGUCAAUCCUACCGGGGAACACGCCUCGCACAAUCCACGGUUGCCUCGAAUCAAUCUGCCACAAUUUUCAGGGGCAAUCGAAGACUGGCUCUCAUUCCGCGAUCUGUUCCUCUCCGUUGUGAACAAGCAUCCUUCAGUCACCAACGUGGAAAAGUUCCACUAUCUGCGAACAUCCCUGCAAGGUGAAGCAAGCAAGUUAAUCCGCGAUCUACCUCUUACGAGCGAUAACUUUGAGCGAGCUUGGGCCACGCUCAAGGAAUAUUACGAAAAUCAGCGAGUCCUAGUGCGAUCCAAUUUCUCCGCUUUCACCGCUGUCUCCAAAAUGAAGAGUGAAUCAGCUGUUGAACUGCGACGUAUCUUUCAAGGCAUGACCUGCGCAGCCAAUGCGCAAGAAAGUCUCGGUCGACCAAUCGCCACCCACGGGAUGGAUCUCUUUAUUCAUCUCGUGGUAGAGCUCCUGGAUCCACAGACGAGACGCGAUUGGGAAACCGCCAUUCGGACGUCGUCAAAUCCUCCAGAGUUUGCAGCACUCCGAACUUUCCUUAUCGAAAAGAUACGGACUCUCGAAGCUCUCGCACCAGCCACCGUCAAAAGUGAGAACAAGUCUGGCCAAGCCAAGGUCAAUAGCUCUCGGUCCGCGAAAUCGAACCACGCCAGGUCAAUCUCCGGAUCAAGCACUUGCUCUCUAUGUAAGGGCUCUCACUUUCUCAUGGCGUGCAGUGAGUUUCGGGCCAAGACUCCGAAGGAAAGGAAGACCAUAGUCGACAACCAAGGACUGUGCUCCAAUUGUCUAGGCAACCAUGCCUUCUCCAAAUGCCCGUCGACCAAGACGUGCAUUCUGUGCAACGCGAAACAUCAUUCGCUUCUGCAUGACGCCACUUCAUCGUCUUCGCCGCCAGCGAUCGUCGAGGCCAGUGCACUAACGGUCUCGCAACCACGCAAGGACCACAAGGCCAUCCUGCUGGCCAUUGCACGCCUCUCCGUCAACGAUGUUUAUGGCAUUCCACAUAAGGUGCGAGCGCUGAUCGAUCAGGGAUCAGAAGUGUCCCUGAUAUCCGAAACCUUGGCUCAGCGACUCAAACUGCAACGUGCCAAAUCCACCUUCGCCAUUUUCGGAAUCGGAGGAACUCCUUCCGGGACAGCUCGAGGAAAGGUCACGUUGCAACUCACUUCCACGGUGACUGGAGCGACCAUCUCUGCAGUCGCUGUCGUGCUGCCGCGCUUGUCGCUGUAUCAGAGCACAGGCUCUCAGCAGGGCAACGCAUGGCCACACCUCCAAGGUCUCCCUCUAGCAGACCCCGACUUUUCAUCGACAGAUCCCGUCGAGCUUCUGCUCGGAGCGGAGGAGGCUCAUCCGACACAUCACGGAGCUGCCUCGUGCCAGUGCUCAAUCGAGCAUGAACUUGUCAAACUGGUUCGGCAGUUUUGGGAGCAGGAGGAGGAGGCCAAGCCCUCCGUCGUCUUAACGCCCGCAGAGCAGAAGUGCGAGGAACAUUACGCCAGCACACACUCUCGGCUACCGACCGGACGCUACAUGGUGCGGCUCCCGCUCAAGACGCAGCCUGCUGUUCUCCGCGAGACCCGUCGGUCAGCCAUGCAUCUUCUCACAUCCAUGGAACGGAAGGGCGCCCAGGACGCCCGAUUCGGAGAGAUGUACCAUGCUUUCCUAAAAGAAUACGAGGACCUGGGGCACAUGACGGAGGUAAAAGUCGCACGGCCAGGUGAGUUAGUAUGCUACUUACCGCAUCACGGCGUCCUUCGGGAGUCAAGCUCCACCACAAAGCUUCGGGUAGUGUUCAACGGAUCACAGCGCGUCUCGACCGGUGAAUCGCUGAAUUCAAAUCAAUACAUUGGAGCUAAUCUCUUACCUGGAUUGUCUGACGUUCUGUCGCGAUGGCGUCGGCAUCAAUUCGUGAUGAUAGCUGACGUCGAAAAAAUGUACCGUCAGAUACUAGUACAUCCAGACGACAGGAACUUCCAGCGCAUCUUGUGGAAAAGGCAGCAAUCAGAAGAAGUGCGCGAAUAUAAAUUGAAUACCGUCACGUACGGGCUAGCCAGUGCACCGUUUCUUGCAAUUCGGACACUGCGGCAAUUGGCCGACGACGAGCGCUCCCGGUAUCCGCUCGGCGCGACAGUUCUUCGGCAGGACUGCUACGUGGACGACAUCGUCACCGGCGCGAACACAAUUCGCGAUGCGACUGCUGUUCAAACACAGCUGCGGGAGUUGUGCAUGGCGGGCGGGUUCCCGCUCCGAAAGUGGGCAGCCAACAAUGAGGAGUUGCUCGCCGGGAUUCCUCUCGCGCAUCGUCUGGAGACAGCCUCUCACGCAUGGGAGAACGAAAACCAUUCGACUCUCGGUUUGAGGUGGUUCCCAGCCGCCGAUAGCUUCGGAUUCAAAAUAAAUCCGCGGAAGAUUGCCACCUUCACCAAACGAAUAGCACUCGCGGAAACAGCUCGGCUGUUUGAUCCACUCGGGUGGCUGGCGCCCGUUGUCGUCCGAGCAAAGGUUCUGAUUCAGUCCGCCUGGAUGCAGGGGCUGGAUUGGGACACACCACUGCCAUCGACCGACGCACGCUCAUGCGAAGCGAAGCUUGAACUGCACGGCUUCGCGGACGCGUCUGAACGUGGUUUCGCGGCAGUACUCUAUCUUCGUGUCACAGCAACGUCAGGUGACAUUUCCGUGCGUCUACUCGCAUCUAAAACGCGGGUGGCUCCGUUGAAACAAGUAUCUAUACCCCGUCUUGAACUCUGUGCAGCCACAAUUUUGACGAAUCUCGCGCACCAUUACCAAGAUACGUUGGAAUUGUCUGCCGCCCACACGCAUUUAUGGUCGGACUCCACCGUGACCCUGCACUGGAUUCGGGGGCAUUCAUCAAAGUGGAAGACGUAUGUCGCGAAUCGAGUAUCGCACAUACAACAGCGUCUUCCGGAAGCGAAAUGGCAUCACGUUCCUGGAGAGGACAACCCGGCCGACUGCGCCUCUCGAGGCCUCUCUCCACAGGAACUUCUCAAUCACUCGCUCUGGUGGGACGGGCCCGCGUGGCUUAAACUCGAUCAACCCUGCUGGCCGCGCGACCCGGGCAACGACCCGGACGAGGGAGUCUUGGAGCAACGAGUGUCCACUCACGUUGCCAGGGCAGACACGCCGGAACCCGACUUGCUGCUCCGUCACUCAGCCUUGCGCCGCCUUCUCUGCACCACAGCUUGGUGCCUGCGAUGGCGCCGCAAUGCGAGUUCGGCCCCACCAACGGCGGGCAAGUCAACGAGCCAAGUUCUCACUCCUGAGGAAAUCACCUGCGCACUCCGCACCUGGCUCCGCCUUGUGCAAAAACUGCAUUAUGCGAAGGAAGUCACGGCACUGGAGACAAAGUCACCAUUGCCAACGCGCAGCCAACUCCUUCGCCUCAAUCCGUUCUUAGAUGCUCAGGGCGUUCUCCGGGUGGGAGGUCGUUUGAAACACUCAAUUCUCUCCUUCGACGAAAAACAUCCGGCAAUAGUUCCACCAACCUCUUGGCUGACACGCUUAAUUGUGAAGUCGUGCCACGAACGGAUUCUGCAUGGCGGCGUCCAACUAACUUUGGGAACCGUUCGUCAACAAUUCUGGGUGCCACAAGGACGAGCCGUUGUCAAGCGCAUGCUACACCGCUGCCUCACUUGUGCUCGAUGGCGGGCGGCUUCUCCACAGCCGCCGAUGGUUUGCGGAUACGAUGACCUGUGGCAGGCGGAUGUGGUCGAGAUGCGUCCUUAUACGCGAUUCAACAGAGGUUACCACUACAUUCUCACCGUUAUCGAUGUGCUGAGUAAGCAUGCAUGGGCCGUACCUCUCAAGGCCAAGAGCGGAAGUGAUCAUUUUUGCGCGGGUGCGAUCAUUCCACAGUUGGAACGACUCAGAAUAGUGGUCAUCAGCUCUCGCAAAAAGAAACCUCCGCAAGAUGGCCAAUUUCUACGUUCCAAUCGAGGCCGCGAUCCAUCGAGCGUGUCAUCGAACGUGCCACGCAUUUUGAGAAGGCGAUUGGCAUUGACUCAUACGUCCUAUAAAUGGCUGGACAUUGGAAUAAACGCUGGAUCUUUGUCCAUGAUCGAUCUGACGAUCGGCGACAAUCGUGGCAACGGCAUCGUUCUGUCUCACGAAACUUGGAGAGCGCUGAUGGAUAGGCGCGCGGACGUCGAGCGACUCAUGCAGUCAACUUCGACAUCAUCGUCGUCAUCGUCAUCGUUAUCGAUCUGUGACCUGACAGUGCAUCUCGUGAAAAUACGCGAUGACAACAUCGUUGCAAAAUUGGCAACGCGCGACGCUUUUAUUUACAUGAAGCCCGCGACCGUGUUGUUCACGCUCGAACUCGAAACAUCGGAGCGCAACUCCCCGGUUACACGUUCGUCCCCCGCUAUCCCGACUUUCGUCACGGUGCGAGAAUCUGUGCCAGAAGAUUCUCGUACAACCGCCGCGGCGGGAGGUGCCCUGAUUUUCGCCGCGGCCGAGGACCGCAACUCCCCUGGUUCGGGUGCAACCGCGAUUUUCACCGCCGCGGAGGACCACACCCUAUCUGGUUCGGGAGAAGUCCCAAUUUUCGCCGCGGCGGAAGAAACCCUUAUUUUUGCCGCGGCGAAAGAAACCCUUAUUUUCACCGCGGUGGGAGGAUCGGCGCGGCGGGAGGGCGCCGACACCAGAAAUCUUCCAGGACGCGGAAAAGAAUAA